AUGGCCAAGUCUUUUGUUCGUCAGGCGUCACUCGUUGCGCUCCUGGCCUCCUCGACUUUCGCUCAAACCUUUACCGACUGCGACCCUACCAAGAAGACAUGCCCUGCCAACGCCGGUCUGGCCGAGUCCACCUACUCGGUCGACUUCACCAAGGGCGGCGACGACACUAACUGGAAGACCGUCGCCGGCAGCGUCGCCUACACCGCCAACGGCGCCGAGUUCACCCUCAACAAGAAGGGCGACGCCCCGACCAUCGAGACCUCGUGGUACUUCUUCUUCGGCCGCGCCGAGGUCCACAUGAAGGCCGCCCCCGGCCAGGGCAUCGUCUCCUCCGUCGUCAUCGAGUCGGACGACCUCGACGAGGUCGACUGGGAGUGGCUCGGCGGCAAGAACGCCGAGGUCCAGACCAACUACUUCGGCAAGGGCAACACCACCUCCUACGACCGCGGCGCCUUCCACACCCUCUCCGACGCCCAGGGCACCUCCCACAACUACACCAUCGACUGGUCCAAGGACGCCGUCGUCUGGUACAUCGACGGCGCCCAGGUCCGCACCCUCAACUACGCCGACGCCCUCGGCGGCCAGAACUUCCCCCAGACCCCCGCCCGCCUCCGCCUCGGCAUCUGGGCCGGCGGCGACCCGGACAACAGCGCCGGCACCAUCCAGUGGGCCGGCGGCGAGACCGACUACACCAAGGCCCCCUACACCAUGGCCGUCCAGUCCGUCUCCAUCACCAACGCCAACCCGGCCGGCUCCUACACCUACGGCGACAAGACCGGCAGCUACGAGAGCAUCAAGCUCGGCGCCGCCAGCGCCGCCGGCGACGCCGCCACCAACUCGGGCCAGAACGACACCGCCUCCUCAGGUAACUCCACCUCUCCCUCUUCUGCCUCCGCCUCCGGCUCCUCCCCGGUCUCCGUCACCGCCUCCUCCGGCUUCGGGUCUCCCUCUGCUUCGUCCGGCCCGCUGAGAAAUGGCACCGCCACGGCAGGAACGACGAUGAAGCCCACCGUCGCCCCCACGGCGACGCAGUCCGGCGCCGCCGCCAGCGCGAGCUCGACGGGCGCCGCGAACGGAAAGGUUGCCGUCGCGGGCAGUGCGCUGUUCGGCGGCGUCUUGGUCGCGCUUGCUGGCCUGUUCUGA